AGUGCGCGAAACGAUUUAAAAAAGUUUUUGACUCCAAUAGGUUCGGCUAUAUUAAUUUCAUUCGAAAUGACGUCUGAACCAUCUGUAAAUGAAUUUUUGCUGAAAGACCCUCCAAAAGAUACUAUUUCCUCAGCAAAGUUUGGUCCCACUUCCUCAAAUUUUUUAUUUGUAACGUCUUGGGACCAUACAGCACGUCUUUACGAUGUUGGAACAAAUACACAACGUUCAUGCUAUGAAAAUAUUAAUGCUCUAUUAGACUGUACUUUUGUUGAUCCUACGCAUGGUUAUGUAGGAGGAUUAGAGGGUAAACUGUCAGGCUAUGACUUCAACACUUCUGUAGAGACAUUUCUUGGAUUUCAUAAUGCACCAAUCAAAUGUGUUGAAUUUUGCCCUGAACUAGGUAUACUUAUUACAGGAAGUUGGGAUUGUACUGUAAAACUUUGGGAUCCUCGUCAAAGUAAAUGCAUUGAUACGCAUGAUCAAGAUGAACGAGUAUACACUAUGGCAUUGUCAGAAGAGCGACUUGUUGUUGGAACUGCUGAAAGAAGAGUCAUGGUUUGGGAUCUUCGAAACACUGGUGUUGUACAACAAAAAAGGGAAUCUAGUCUUAAGUUUCAAACAAGGUGCAUCAGAUGUUUCCCUAAUAAGCAAGGAUAUGUAUUGAGUUCAAUUGAAGGAAGAGUUGCUGUAGAAUAUUUCGAUCCAAGUCCUGAAGUACAAAAAAAAAAAUAUGCUUUCAAAUGCCACCGUGUAAAAAAUGAUGGAACAGAAUAUGUUUAUCCUGUUAACACUAUUGCAUUUCAUAAUGGCUACAAUACUUUUGCAACAGGUGGAUCAGAUGGGUUUGUUAAUGUUUGGGAUGGUUUUCAUAAGAAGCGUUUAUGCCAGUUUCAUCGCUAUCAAAGUAGUAUAUCCUCGUUAAGCUUUUCUAAUGAUGGCACUGUUCUUGCAAUUGCUGUUUCUUAUCUUAAUGAGGAAGGCGAAAGAGAACAUCCAGAAGAUGCUAUAUUUAUUCGACAAGUAAGUGAUGCAGAAACAAAACCGAAAUAAAGACCAUAGUUCUUGCAGAAUUUUAGACUUCAUUGCAUAGAAAUUAACAUUGUAACUGGCAUUAAAAGGUACACAGAAAUUGUUCUUUUAUAUACCUUCAUGAAGCUGAACAUAGGUGGAAGAUAAAGAAAUAUGGAAGAUAAAAAAGAUAAAAGACCUAAAUGUUGUAAUUUUUUAAUUUUAUUAUUUAACAAUAAACUACAGAAGACAAAAGAAUUCCAUUUGAGUAUGUAGUUACAUGUAGUAUAUUUUUACUAUGUAGUUAGUUUCAGAAUAAAAAAUAGUUUUCCAUUU